AUGGGCCAGAUGUUUCGGUCACUAGCAUGGCGGUUACAAUGUAACAAGGGUCAUGUUGCCGUCUCAACUCUCCCUUCUCGCCUCCUCCUUUCCUCUCACCUCCUCCCUUUCUUACACCUCCUUUCCUCACCUCCUCCCUUUCUUACACCUCCUUUCCUCUCACCUCCUCCCUUUCUUACACCUCCUUUCCUCUCACCUCCUCCCUUUCUUACACCUCCUUUCCUCUCACCUCCUCCCUUUCUUACACCUCCUUUCCUCUCACCUCCUCCCUUUCUUACACCUCCUUUCCUCUCACCUCUUCCCUUUCUUACACCUCCUUUCCUCUCACCUCCUCCCUUUUUAAUCCACCUCCUCCGUUCCACCCAUCAACCUUUCUUCAUGCUCACCUCCUUCCAGUCUGCUGUUGCGCACAAUGCCGUUCACCACCCCGCUAAAGAGAAUGCUGUCGUCGAGAGGGAAUGGGAGGACAAAGAGGGAAUGCGAGAGAAGAGUAAGGGGAAAGGAGGCGGACGGGAGAGUGAAAUGGGGGCACAGAUGGCGGUGAAGCGGGGAAGUGGGGUGGUGGGAGGGAGGGGAGGAGGAAAGGGCAGCAACUAG